AGAAUAUGAAUGGUAUUGCAUACCCUUUCGAUUUGCUGUAGAAUGAGGAAAAACUUCACUUGUUUUAAAAUAUCAAAGCCAAAAUUUAUGGAUAAAACGACGCUUAAAUUUCAUUAGAGCCAAUUCCUGGAUCCCUUUUUAUCACGAAUGUCAGAAUAUGUUGGUUCAACUUCCCGAAAAAGAUGGAAGAAUUGUCUCCUUAAGAGAGAUAACUAGUUGAAACCAUUCAAGUUAAGCAUGGACAAAAAAAGGAAUUGUGGUAAUCAUUGAAUCUGAAUGGCAAAUCUUUUAUGUUCAUUUAUCCUCGAUUAUUAUCUCACGGUUUACAGGGUAACAAGUUGCGUUGUUUCAUUGGAGAAUUGGAGGCAGAAGAAGAUGUCUAUAUUCAGUAGAGCAAAAGUACUGGACUGGAAGACUUCCUAGAGUAAGACAAUCCUGUGAAUAUCGUGGAUUUAGAGAGAGGGAAAUAUUAAGUAAUUAUUCUAAUUCAACUUUAGAUAGAAUUUGAUCUCUAGCUUUUAGAUAAACAGACUCAGGAUGAGAUUUUCGAUCUAGUCACUGAAUACUCUAUAAAUCAAUAAGAUUCAAGUGAUUCUGAACAAAGUAAUUGA